AUGAAAGCCAUCCAAAUCACUGGUGCUGUGGGGAGCCACAAGAUCACACUCACGCAGACUGCCGACAAACCCGUUCCCCAAGAUGAUCAAAUCCUUGUCAAAGUCCACGCAGCGGGCAUUACUGCCGACGAAGUGACUUGGCCGGAGUUAUACGAAAGUUCCACCAGGAUCCCUGGCCACGAUGUUUCUGGUGUCGUUGAGGGCUUUGGUCCAAAAUACACCGGUUCACUCAAGAUUGGCGAUGCCGUUUUUGCCAUGUUGAAAGCUUCAUCCGAUGCGGGUGGGCAAGCGGAGUAUGUUCUCAUAACGCCGAAAGAAAUUGCACCUAAACCAGCUAUCAUAUCCCAUGCCCAAGCUUCGGCACUGCCUAUCCCCUUCCUGACUGCCUGGGAAGCUAUCUAUGAGCACGCGAAGGUUCAAAAAGGCAGCAAGGUGUUGGUCACAGGUGCAUCGGGUGCUGUUGGACUUGUGCUGGUGCAAAUUGCGUCCACGGUUUUGGGAUGUGAGGUCGUUGCACUUGCGUCGGCUAAGAACCAUGAAUACCUCAAGUCUCUCGGAGCGAGCGUUCUGGUGGAUUAUCAUACACCCAACUGGGAAGAUUCAGUCAAUGGAGUAGAUGCGGUCUUUGAUACCGUCGGCGAGGAAACGUUAGCCAAGUCCUGGAAAUGCGUCAAGUCGACCGGUAGCAUUGUGACGGUAGCUGAUCCGCCACCGCCAUGGUCGUUUGGACGAGGAACUCCAGUCGAGUUGAAGGAUCACCCAGAUGUAAAGUGGUUCUACUUUGUUGUCACAGCUGAUGGAGAUAUAUUGUCAAAGUUGACCAGUUUGCUGGAUGCGGGAAAGCUGGUGCCGAUUCCUAUCAAGACAUUCGGUAUUGGAGAAGGGCUAGAGGCUUGGGAAUAUGGUGGUCAACGAGGCAGAGAGGGAAAGGCGGUAAUUGCAUUCGUGUAA